AUGAGGGUGCUAUUACUCUCGUUUCUUGCAGUCAUCGUGAGCAGUGAAGAAAGUUUUGAAGAAAAACUAAAAGAAGGGCAUCAGUUACUCAAAAACGAUCCGAAUGCGGAUGAUACGAUGGAAUUUCUCCAGAAACUGCACACUAUGGAAAAAGAAAUUAAAGAGGAAUACUCUAAAGAACCGACCACUGAAGAAUUGAAAGCAAUGGAGGAUUAUGCAAAAAUCAAAAAGUCCGACAUGGGUGUUUCAAUCGCAGGAGUCAAUAGGGACAGCAAAGUUGGCAAUGCGCUGUUCCAAGGAGACAUGAUUCUGACGAAAAAGCAAGCCGAUGAGAUAUUGGAAGACAUCAAGGAAAGCAAGGGCAAUCGCGACAAACGGCAAGCUUACCGUGACGAAAAAUAUCCUGGAACUCUGUGGUCUCAAGGAAUAAAUUACGUGUUUUGGAACGCAACUAACUCGGCCAGACGAGUGUUCAAGAAAGCUGCCGUGAUAUGGAGUGAGAAUACCUGCCUUGAAUUCAAGGAGGACAAUUCAGCUACGGAUAAAGUAUACGUUGUCCACGGUGCAGGAUGUUGGUCACAUGUCGGAAGAAUUGGAGGAUCUCAGAUCCUCUCACUUGGCGACCGUUGUGACUACGGACCGCCUGGUUCAACGAUUGAAGUGAUCUUUCAAAACUACACCGAAAACUUGGCUUACGACGGAUGUGUGUGGGCAGGUGUUGAGAUUAAAACAUUAGCAGAUCAGCGUCAAACUGGCUAUAGAUUCUGCUCUCCGGAUUACGGUGGAACUUCUCUGACCUCUACCCGUAACAUGGUUCCUGUAAUUACUUUCAGCAGACUCUACGAAGUUAAAUCGCUCCUGCGCUAUCGCAUCGCUUCUUCUGGUCCAGCCACUUCUGAGCCAACAUCUGAAGAGACAGGUCAGCCAACACCUCAGCCGACUCGUCAACCAUCGUCAGAGAGAACACCCGGUCCAACCAGUGAGCCCAAGAAGCGUUGCUGUGAACGUAAACUGUGUCAAAUAUUAGUCAAGUUGGGUCUUUGCGAUUCCUCUACGUACACCGCGGAACUCAAGGAAGAGACCUGCCCGGGUUCGUGCACAUAA